AUGGAGAUCGUGUUUUGCCACGCUUCGUAUCGCGGCUAUGUCGUAAACGAUAAAGGAUUACAGGACUCGAGUUCACAUCCAUGGAAACUUCCCCUGUUAAGAGUAAGAGGUGAAGCAUUGUGUCGCCUUGUGCUUGGUCGAGAUAGCUUGAGGUUGAAGAAGCUCGAAUGGCACCGAUACCGUAGAAGAAUUCAAAGUUCUAAGAAUUCCAGCGCGGUUAGCCGCCGCUGUUACUCUUCUUACAUACUCGAUGGCGGAGAGGACCGGAGCAGUGUCUCCGGCAGCAGCCAGACAACGUCGAAGAUCUCAAUUCCUGGAUUGCCUGAUGAAGACAAUGUAGCUUCAAUCAGUAGCCGCUUCUGGGAAUGGAAGCCGAAGCUGACUGUGCAUUACGAAACGGCAGGUUCGGAAAAUGUAGAUUCACCGGCGGUUCUAUUCCUUCCUGGCUUCGGCGUGGGAUCAUUUCAUUAUGAGAAGCAGCUGAAGGAUCUUGGUCGGGAGUGUCGAGCUUGGGCCCUCGAUUUUCUUGGCCAGGGCUUAUCAUUGCCAUGUGAAGAUCCAACCUCGAGCUCGUCCGGAUUAGAUGGAGAAGGCAACAAUGCGUGGGGGUUCGGAGAUGAAAGUGAGACUUGGGCCGAAGAACUAGUCUUCUCGAUCGACCUAUGGAGGGAUCAAGUGCGCUAUUUCAUCGAAGAGGUGAUUAAAGAACCUGUUUAUUUAGUCGGAAAUUCGCUAGGAGGGUUUGUCGCGCUCUAUUUUGCCGCAUGCAACCCUGAGCUUGUGAAAGGUGUGACAUUGCUCAACGCCACACCUUUCUGGGGAUUUCUCCCUAACCGCAACAGGUCUCCAAGAUUAUCGAGGGCAUUCCCAUGGGCGGGAACUUUCCCUUUCCCUCCUGGAAUCCGAAGAUUAACUGAAAUUAUGUGGGCGAAAAUAAGUGAUCCGCAAAGCAUUUCCGAAGUAUUAAAGCAAGUUUACGCCGAUCACUCCACAGAAAUCGAACAAGUGUAUGCUCGCAUCCUGGAGACGACACAACAUCCAGCUGCUGCGGCAUCCUUUGGCUCGAUUAUCUUUGCCCCUCAAGGACAAUUAUCGUUUGACGAAGCUCUAAUUCAGUGUCGAACAAACAAGACACCAAUUUGUCUCAUGUACGGUAGGGAAGAUCCAUGGGUGAGGCCCGUGUGGGGCUUGCAGGUGAAGCGACGGGUUCCUGAUGCUCCAUAUUACGAGAUAAGCCCCGCGGGACAUUGCCCGCAUGACGAAGCUCCUGAGGUUGUUAACUUUCUUCUUCGAGGCUGGAUCAAGAAUCUCGAGUCGAGGGGUUCUAUCGCGCUGCCUUUAGCCGAGAUCGCAGACUGUGAGGUAGCCGAGGACUUGGAAUUCAGCAGAGAAGGGGAGAGGAAAUCUAUGAGGGUGAAGCUCCAUGGCUCCAAAUUCUCGAUCUGGAAUUGGCGGAAGCUAUUGACGGACGUCCUGCAACCAUCAAUGGGGAAGAAAGCGAAGGGCUCGAGGAAGGGGAAGAAGGCCUGGAGGGCCAACAUAAGCACCGAAGACAUUGAGGACUACUUCGAGAAGUCUACCAAGGACGCUCUAUCCGGCGGUUCUUUGGCUGAUGUCCCCAGCGAUUCCCUCUUUUUCGUGGAUAAGUCCAGAGAUCUUUCUGUCAAGCGGAAGAUUGAGAAAAGCAGAGAAAAAGUCCUGCGAUGUGAUAGUCUGUUGCAGAGAAAUCCUUUUGUUAAACCAAUUCCUUCCUCGAUAACUAAGAAAAAGAAAUCCAGUAAAAGAUGUAAUACUGCGCAUAUAAAGGAAGAUACAUAUGUCACACAAGAGACCCCAAAGGAUGAAAGUGGACCUGAUUCUGAAAUUGUUGAUUUAUGGGAGAAGAAAGGAGAAGACUCUUCUAAAAAGAAUAAGAGGAAAACCAGAUCUUCCACCGUACCUGCUGUUGUGGUUGAACCUCCUGGUUGUUCUUUCAACCCUGAUCCUGAUAGUCACCAGGAUGCAUUAGCUUGUGCGGUUGCUGUUGAAAUGCAGAAAAUUUAUCAACAUGAACUGGGACCUGAGCCCAUUCCCUUAGUUGCUCCUGGAGAAGCAAUUGAUGAAGAAGAGAGGUAUUUCCUUGAGGCAGAUAAUGAAGAUGAUGAUGAUGACGGCCAAGAAAAUGAAGAUUUGACUGAUAACGGUGCUGAAGAUACUGAGAAGAGGCCUCUUAUAACCAAAAGGGUAACACGGGUUGAGUUGAAUCGGAGAGCUCGGCGAAAGGAACAAUUAAAAGCUGAAGCAGAGGCCAAAAAAGCAGAGGAACUCUCCAAGAACAUUGACAGCAUAUCAGAUAUAAUCCAAGAAAUAGAAGAAGAGGAUGAAGAGAAGCGGAAACGGCAUCUCCGGCGCGUUGUUGCAAAACAGGAGAGGCUGAAAACUCAUCCGCCCCGUUUGGGAAAAUACAAAUUCGAGCCUGCUCCUCUCCAAGUCCUCUUAUCGGAAGAGAAAACUGGUUCGCUUCGUCAGUUGAAGGGCUGUUCCACCCUCGUGAGAGAUCGGUAUAAGAACCUGGAGAGAAGAGGAUUAGUCGUCCCAUCAAAGAAGGGCAGCAGGACGUAGAUUGGGGUGAGCCAGAAAAUUGAUCGGACUUGAAAGAAAGUAUGUCUAAUUUGGUUAUGUAUCUUUUCUUCAUAUUUUAUUAUGUUCCUUAACAGUUAGUCGAUCAGGCAAUAACACUCGACUCGUCUUUAAUCUUUAUAUUAUAGAGUAUUUGGUUUGAAUUUCAAUUUUAAAUUUCAAUGUUUCGUUUGACAAA